GACCAGGCGCGGCCAGGAGGCCUCGGGGCGGCGCUUGUGGGGCGGCCGCGAUGGAGCUGGGCCCUCCGGACGUGAUGGAGCGCCGGGGAGCCCUGACGCUGCGCUCGCCCGGCGCCGACUACGGGAGGCCCACCCUGGUGCACCGCUGGUGAGGGAAAGGCUCCGGGGUGCGCUGCUCGGGGCUGGGGGAAAGGCGUGCUCGAGUGACGGGGUUCUCCAUUCCGGUUGGGCGUGCACGUUCUGGCGCAGCCUGUGGUUGAAAUGGUUUCAGUUGUUUGUAGUGCUUCAAGUAACACCCUAAAAACUCUGAAAGUGCCCCCCCCCCGAAAUGUGAUGGAUCUUGCACAGACGGCGUGCGCAUCUGGGUAGGAGUCUGUUGUGUGUGCUUCUUUGGUAGCACCCAUCUAGCUUAUUACCGUUGUUGGUUUUUUAAGGUACUACAAGAGAGAAGCAGAACCUAAGGACUAUGACAUACAUGAAAUUCCUUUGGGCUCUAAAAACUUAUGUCGCUCUACCUACUGGCGACUUGGAACCAUAGAUGAGGUAAGAAAGCGUCUUUCCUCUUUCAUGCCUAUAAACAUGUCAGGAGUAUAACUUUAAUUAGCUGUCAAAAUAUUAUUCCUUGUAUUUGAAUAUGAAGAAUAAUUAGAAAUAUUUUUAAAAUAAAUUUCAGUAGCAAUAUAACUUAUUUAAAAUUGUCUUAGUUUUAAAAGCUGGUUGUUGUAUGGAAUGGGGAGGAUUGUGUGACUGAAAAAAAGUCUUAAUACAGUAGCCCAAUCCUGUGCGGGUGGCACUGUGGUCUAAACAACUGAGCCUCUUGGGCUUGCUGAUCAGAAGGUCGGCAGUUCGAAUCCCCACGACGGGGUGAGCUCCCGUUGCUCGGUCCCUGCUCCUGCCAACCUAGCAGUUCGAAAGCACGUCCAAGUGCAAGUAGAUAAAUAGGUACCGCUCCGGCGGGAAGGUAAACGGCGUUUCCGUGCGCUGCUCUGGUUCGCCAGAAGGUGCUUAGUAUUCUCCUUUCAUGCAUGAUACCUGAUGUUGUAUGUGUAAAAGAGCCAUCAGAAACCAGCAGGCAGAACUUUCCAAUAACUAGCCCAUCUAAAUACAAUUACUUUUUUAUAUUGUUUUUUGUUUUUAUUGAAGAUUUUCUUGGGUAACAGAAGUACAUACAGCAUCUCUGCUUUAGGUUCUAAGAGUCCUUUCUGCGGAUGUUACACUAGUGGCCAAAAUUGUGGAAACCUUUUUGAAAAAGUGUAUUUCCAAGGUUUGAUGGCUCAUAACACCCCACCACUUAAUGGAUCCAAAUGGUUUCCAGAGAGUGGUAGGGGAUGUUUUAUACUAUGUUGAUGGCCUUUCAGAUGGUGGCCCGCUGGAAUGCGGAGUUAACCAGGGCUAUUGACUGUCUGGCUCCGAAGUGCCCUCUCUGAUUGCAUGGAGCCCAGAUAGCUCUGCUGAAGAAUUGAAAGACUGUGCCUACGUGACAGAAGAAAAUUAUCUGGGUGUAUAUAAGAUGACAUGGUGCAAUGUAAUGUGAAGUUGAGUGCAAGGACUGUUUGGUGCAGACUUUAGGAAUAUGGUCUAAAUCCUAGAAUUCCAAGGAAAAAGCCAUUUUUAUCUCUUAAACAAAGGUUUAAAAGAUUAAACUGAGCUAAAACCCAUGUUAAUUGGACGGUGGAAUAAUGGGACAGUGUUAUUUGGAGUGAUGAGACCAAAAUGCCCUUGCCUGGUAGUGGUGGCAUGAAAUACAUGAGGAGAAUUGGAGAUUUACAUCCUACUUACAUUACACCUACAGUGAAACACCCAGGUAUGUGUUGUAAUCUGGGGUUGUAUGACAGCAAAAGGUUUGGGCAAAAUUUGCAUCAUUAAUGGGAAUGUAAAUGCCCCCAAAUACAUAGCCCAGACCUUAACCCAAUUGAAAAUCUAUGGAGCCAGCAAUACAAACCCAAUUAAUAAAGGCAAUAAUUCAAUCUUGGUUUCACAUUAUUACAGCUGCAGAACAGAAAAACUUGGUUCACUCCAUGCAAAGGCGUUGUAAGACCAUAAUUAAAGCUAAAGGUUACCCAACUAAGUAUUAACUGACAUGGUGAUAAUUUUUGUAUAAUUUUUUUUUUAUUAAUUUUCAGUUAAUAACAUUCCAAUUGGUAACAAAUCAAACUGACUCUUGCCACAUCAUAAUACAAACAGUAAAGCCAAUUAUACUUUCCAAAUUAAAAUUUUCAAGAGCACUUCCCAUGUUCUGGCUGUUGGGAGAAAGUUUAUUUCCCUUGUUCCUGCUUUCUUUUAUUUUUUCCAAUUUCAUAAUUCCAAUCUUAUCCCAUUGUCUUAUAUCACAUUCACUGCUGUAUGACUUUCAAUCGCGUUUAGCAAAUCCAUAUGUCUAUUAUCAUGCAAGAGGCAUUUUGUUUUGUGUUGUUAUCUAUCGAUUGGUUUUCAGCACAGUCCACCCUGGUGGCCCCCCCUUUUUAUUCCACAGUCUUAUCGUCAAGGGUUCUGGGCUAUCUUCCAGCUCUCCUUCUUUUAGUAAGAUUUAUGGCACAGCAAUCUUUCAGGUCUUUUAACGAGCUGAUGUUCCAAAUAUGAGUCUUGCAUAGAAAAGCAGGGCCAUAGGGUAUAUUGAACAAUAAGUAAUUGUUAGGUUCCUCUGAAAUCCAAGCUUGCUCUCCCUGGGCCCUAGGGAAAGCUCGCGAGGAUCAAAGAUUCACCCUCAUUUUGGCAUUAAUCCAUAUAUAACAAUAAUCCAUGCAAGCAAAUGCAGUUUUGUGUGUGAAAAAUUCCCCAAUUAUAAUCCAUCGAUUAUCUUCAGCCUCUCCUGGAGGGGAGGCCAUUUCUUUUUCUCCUGCACCACAGCCUGCGGCCUUUUCUCAACCCAAGCCACAUGUAUAUCUGAUCUUGUUUUUGCCAGUUCUAAUUGGAGCUCUCCACAGAGGACCGUGCGAUCAAGCAUCAAAUUCUCCAAUUUUACCAUUCCUCCUGCAUUUCAUUUAGAUGGUUGAUUCUUUCUUGGUGAGGUUUGCCAAAUCAUGAAGUAACAAAUGUAGAAAUAUAGAAACAGAAACUACCGCUCACCUCACUUAAAUCACAGCACAACAAUGAAAGUCCUUUUCAGAUCAAAGCCUUGGCACCCAGUGACUGAUUUAUUUAGCAGGUCUUUUUUAUUGCCUUCAUUCCAGAACACGCCUGUUUCUUAGUCUGAAUUUUAAUAGUUUUUUGAGGAACAGGGAUCCUCCCGCUCAUGGCAAUGACUCUGGAGAGUUUCCAGUUCGUGCAGUGCUCAGCGCCCCUGCCCCUGCAUUCUGUAGUGAGCGGCAGUUAUUGGACGAGGUGAUGGCCAGCCCCCCUACCCUGCGGGGUGGGUUGGCAGGGAUAAUUACCCCAUAUUAUCCCUGAAAACUUGCACAAUUGGGGUCCAGUGCCCUGGGAAAGCAGCCAAAUGCCAUGGCAGGAAACUGGUGAGAAUUUUUGUAUAUCUAAUUUUUUCUAUGUGUUUCACAUAGAAACACCAGAAAUACAGUUUUUCCAACAGGUUUCUACAAUGUUGACCACUAGCAUACUUUUGAUGUGAGACACCAAAGUUAUAGAGAGUAUGAGGUUGAGGGAGAAAAGAUGUACGGGGUGGGGUAGUGAACUUUCAUUAUUUUACAUCAUGUACAUGCAAGAUUUUUGUGUCAGUGUCAUGUGGGUAGGUUCUUUAUCCAUUCGUUGAUUAGUUUUCAUUGGCGGUGGGAGAUGGAGACCAUUUACACAUGAGUCAUCUGUUUGGGCUCUUCCACACUUUCGCUUAUGUCAUGACUAGAAAGCAUGCAUCCAAGCAAUUUUCCAGUUGACCGGAGCUUUCUAGGCACCGGUCCGAGUGAUUUCCCUUUGCCUUACCUCCAGGGAAAACCAGAAUUGCUAUUUGUUCCAGUUGAGUGCUAAACAGCGGUUUUCCCCAGGGGAAAGCAGUGGGAGAAGGGGAAGUGUGGAUAAGCCCUGAGUGUUGAUUCAACAAAUAAUAAUUAUUACAAAUGUAGUACAAACCAGGUGAAGUUGGAAGGGUGAAUAAGAUGCAGGAGCAGCCUGCUGGGAACGUGAAAGCCAGCCUAAUUCUUAAAGCAGAGAGUUGCAGAGUUUAGCACACCUUGAUUUUCAUGGAAUCCGAUUAAUCUGAAUAUACUCCUUGCUUAACUUUCUGAGGCCAGUUCAAAUCAAAUCCAAAAACUGACAUUAUAGUAUUAUAGCAGUUGAUACAAACCUAUACACUGAUUUAAUUGUAAGUGAAUUAAAAUGGUACCUCCAGUUGUGGACGGGAUCUGUUCUGGAGGUCCAGUUCGAUCCCAAGGUUUCCACAACCUGAGGACCACUUCUGUGCACGCGCAUGCGCGAAACCCGUAAAAUACUUCCAGGUUUGCCGCGCGUGCAUCCCAAAGUUUACGUAACCAGAGGGUUACGUAAACGGAGGUACGACUGUAUUAACGUAUAUCUUGACCAUAUAGUUGGUGGUAGAGCCAUCAUGCAAGAAUAGUAUACCUUUUAUCAAUUCAUUCAACUAAAUGGGUAUGUGGGUCGUGCCAGUUUUAAAGUAUUGAUAUAUAAAAUAGCUGUUCCGCAAUAUUCUGUCACAUUCUGAUCCUCCAAACCUCAAAAAAGCAGAGGGCAGCCAAUAUGAUAUGCAGAUUAUUAGAUUAUUUUCUCUCUAAUCAAAAGCUCCCUAAAGUGUGGAAAUAUUAUUUAUUUUCAACAUGAUUGGAAUCAGUUUCUUAAUUGCUGUGGUGGACUCAUUCCUUACAUGCAUCUAUUGGAAGCAAAUUCAACUCACAGCAUAAUGGAUCUAAGGCCAAGGAGGCGGAAGGGAUUUCUGUAACUCCUUGCCCUCCCAUGAAAUCAUUGACACAGGCCAAGGAAGGAGGGGGUUCGGCUUGCUUCUAGAAACCUAUCCAUGUCUUAUGCUUGUCAGGCUAGAUAGGUCAUGGUAAGUUUGAUGGGGCUACACGGUUGGAUCAGUAAGGGAGAGGAGUGAGGCAGGGGUGAAGCAUGAGGAGGAGGAGAAGUAUAAUGGCAGGAUCAGGAUCUUGUUCCAGAAAAAUACUCUACAUCCAUAAGAAUAAUUGGCAUAUAAAAGCACAUAUAAUUUUUCAUUACCUUUAAUAAGUUGACAGCUGGUGUGUUUCUAAAACCCAUUCCUUUCUCUGUUACAUUUCCAUUUAGAAAUGGGUAACCACAUAUGAAGAUCAUUUGUCUCAACCCUACAGAAUUAAAGAAUAUAAAGAACUAGACAUUCAGAAGUCUUUGUUGGAUGAAGAUAAUUUUGAAAUAGCUGUUAUUGGCAGGUAUUUCUGAAAGCUUUUGAAUCCAGACUCAGUAUUCAAAUAAUACUGCAUUAUAGGAUAUAGCACAUUGUGAAUUCCUGUUUUCGCCCGCUUUAUCUUCAUAUCUUACGCUAUUUGUACGGCAAACAUUUGAGUGCCAUUAAUAUUGGAUGCCAAUAAUUUCUACAUUUGCUCCAAAGUAUCUGUGAUAGAGGUGGUAGUUCAUCAAAAGUAGAAUGAGAAACUGGCAUCCUCCAUUAAAUUUGUUUAGUUCAGAAUUAAUGUUGUACCUUGCCUCUUUGUGCUGUUGAGAUGGAAAGUUAUGCUCUAUACUAGAGACAUUUGUCAGGAUGAGAAUAGUUUUGAUCUUCAGCUACUGCUAAGCAGUAAAGUUUAAAAAUAAAUAAAUGUUUGAACACGUCUGUCACAUUUCAUCCAGUAGAGAGCAGUAGUGACCACUUGCAAAAAUGCCGUGUGAUAACCCUACAACUGUGUCAAAAGCAACAGCAUUUUAUUGUAGCAUGAAAACAUUGUGGCAAUAAUGUCUCUUAAUAACUGAGUUUGAUCCAAUGACUACUGAUCAUUUAUUUAAUACCCAUCCACUCAUGGGAAUUGAAUUCAUCAUAAAACAUUUAAUAUCUGACUUGCUUAAUGCUUUAUUGUUUUGCUUGAAGUCUGAAAAACUCUCUUUUUGCAGGGAGACAGGGUUACCUGAAACAGGUCCUGGAGCCGUAUUGCCCUGUCACUCUCCAGAUCACUUUAAAAUGUUAGUACUUGCAAAAUUGUAAUAACUAGAUAAUUUAUGAUCAGAUUCUGUACUGCAUUUUAAGGGUUGGAAAGAUCUAUAGUGUUCACAGAGAAGUAAUUGCAUUGGAUAACAUGUGACAUGUGUGCACUAGUUUCAGUUCCAACAUAGUUAAUUCUUUUAGUGGUUGUAUUUUGCAUUAGAAUAUUAAUCAUAUUUUUUAUUUUCAAGCAAGGAAAAAUACGAAUGUUUCCUCUCCAUGCUGCUUUGUUAAAACUCUUGUGAUAUCUUAUUUUCCUCUUGAGUUUGCUUCCAAUACUUGCAUAGGAUACCUUGAAACUGCUUAAGAAGACUGGAGUACUCAUUUCUUCAUUAAAUGCAUUGGCAUAAUUUUGUAUUUUGAAACACAAUGAGAAGUUUUCUGUUGCUUUUGACCAUGACCCACUGAAAUAUUUCCCUGGCAAUUAAGGAUUCAGUACCCGGGUACAGUAUAGGAUCUCACUGUAAGUGAUGUUAGUGUUAUUACUGGAAUAGUCCCAAAUAAAUGGUUGUAUGUUCUGUCAUAGCACUUCCACUUUCUGUUCAUUUGUGUAUGCAAAAGAAAAUGGAUCUGAGGAAUAAACCUUGGCUGCACAGUCUGGGUUAGCAAGGAGAGAGCUUGUUCACACCAUAUGCUAAGUCCAGCUUCAGUGCUUUGUGGGAGUAGAAAAGACAGGUGUGGAGCAAACUGGCUGUGAGCUCCUCCCUGGGAACCUGCAGAUUUGCAUGGUCCCAGGAAGCCAUAGUUUGGCUGACCAUGGUGUGCAAAUCAGGCUUUUAGCUCAUGGGUUUAUGUAAACAUUUUGAGAUAUUUUUUGAGGAAAGUAUAAUUUUCUUUUAAAAGGUUUUCUGGCUAGUAACUGGUUUUGUCUGCUUUUGUUUUGAAUAAAAAAAGCUGCAGUAUUUACCUUACUAGAAUUACGAGCAAUUUAUGUUCCAAAACAUAAACUUUAAAAAUGAUUAGCAUUGUGACUGAGACUUGAGGAAAGUAGAUGACUAGCAUUAACAUUUGAGAGAGGCUUUGAAACUGAAAACAGCAAAUUAAAUGACCCUAAACAGAAAGGCAGUGGAGCAGUAAAUCAAAUCCAGAAGGCCAAUGCUACUUUAAAAAAUAAAUUGAAUUAAAUCUGAGAGCAAAGGAGGGCAAGAUUAUAUCCAAGACUAGGGAGCAGAUGCAGGAAACAACUUCUGGUGAAACGAAAGUAUGUUAAGUUUUAAUUUUAUCAGCAUCUGGUUCACCAUAUUUAUUUCCUAAGAAUAUGGUGUUGAUAAAUGUUUAUAAUACAGAUAUUGACAGACUGCAUAGAUAGUAAAACAUUAAAAUUCUACAUUUAGAAACUGCUGUGUUGGCUAUAGAAUAUACUGGUAUCUUGCUAUUCACCAUCUUCUGCAACUCUACUUCAUAUUUAAAAGUGCAUUACUAUAACAGAAGUCUGGUAGCACAGACUGCAUAGGCUCAGUUAAUUAUACUGCACUCAGUGUAUGCUUAGAAGCUUCCUUCCUUUCUCCCAUGUAGGUAACUUUAUGACUACAUUUCUCCUUGGGGUGGGGGCCUAGGCAUUCUGGGUUGUAACAUCUGCUCAGACUAAACUCACUGAAAUUUACGUUCUUGAAUUAGCCAUGUCUCUUAAUUUGAGUGGGUCUACUCUGAGUUUGACUAACAUUGACUACAGCCCUCUGUGUUUGUCCAGAGGCUUUCUUCCUUUGCAUCUGCCCUGGCUGUCACUCGUGCACAUGGUAGGCAGACUCUCGGCAUGAUUAUUCCAAAGCUGGCAGUUAAAGCAGAGGUGUUAAAUUCAUGGCUAGGCAUUUGCCAAGAUGUCCCAAGUAGGGUGGGCACAGUCAUUCACAUGGGUUCCGUCCUGAGCCAGGCUGGGCAAGCAUGCAGGCACUUAGAAUCAUAGAAUCAUACAGUUGGAAGAGACCACAAGGGCCAUCGAGUCCAACCCCCUGCCAAGCAGGAAACACCAUCAGAGCACUCCUGACAUAUGGUUGUCAGGCCUCUGCUUAAAGACCUCCAAAGAAGGAGACUCCACCACACUCCUUGGCAGCAAAUUCCACUGUCGAACAGCUCUUACUGUCAGGAAGUUCUUCCUAAUCUUGAGGUGGAAUCUUCUUUCUUGUAGUUUGGAUCCAUUGCUCCGUGUCCGCUUCUCUGGAGCAGCAGAAAACAACCUUUCUCCCUCCUCUAUGUGACAUCCUUUUAUAUAUUUGAACAUGGCUAUCAUAUCACCCCUUAACCUCCUCUUCUCCAGGCUAAACAUGCCCAGCUCCCUUAGCCGUUCCUCAUAAGGCAUCGUUUCCAGGCCUUUGACCAUUUUGGUUGCCCUCCUCUGGACAUGUUCCAGUUUGUCAGUGUCCUUCUUGAACUGUGGUGCCCAGAACUGGACACAGUACUCCAGGUGAGGUCUGACCAGAGCAGAAUACAGUGGCACUAUUACUUCCCUUGAUCUAGAUACUAUACUCCUAUUGAUGCAGCCCAGAAUUGCAUUGGCUUUUUAGCUGCCGCGUCACACUGUUGGCUCAUGUCAAGUUUGUGGUCAACCAAGACUCCUAGAUCCUUUUCACAUGUACUGCUCUCAAGCCAGGUGUCCCCCAUCUUGUAUUUGUGCCUCUCAUUUUUUUGCCCAAGUGCAAUACUUUACAUUUCUCCCUGUUAAAAUUCAUCUUGUUUGUUUUGGCCCAGUUCUCUAAUCUGUCAAGGUCGUUUUGAAGUGUGAUCCUGUCCUCUGGGGUGUUAGCCACCCCUCCCAGUUUGGUGUCAUCUGCAAAUUUGAUCAGGAUGCCCUUGAGUCCAUCAUCCAAGUUAGUCUGACACGACUUAUUUUUCAGAAAUCCAUGCUGACUAUUGGUGAUCACAGCAUUCCUUUCUAGGUGCUCACAGACUAACCUGAUCUCGUUUUUUGACAGAAUUACAAGCCUGGUAGAUGAAGGGAACGCAGUGGAUGUAGCCUACCUUGAUUUCAGCAAGGCAUUUGACAAGGUGCCCCAUGAUAUUCUUGUAAAGAAGCUGGUAAAAUGCGGUCUUGACUAUGCUACCACUCAGUGGAUUUGUAACUGGCUGACUGACCAAACCCAAAGGGUGCUCAUCAAUGGUUCCUCUUCAUCCUGGAGAAGAGUGACUAGUGGGGUGCCACAGGGUUCUGUCUUGGGCCCGGUCUUAUUCAACAUCUUUAUCAACGACUUGGAUGAUGGACUCAAGGGCAUCAAACUCAAGCUCAUCUUGUUCAUUUCCCAUGCUUUGUGCGUUAGUGUACAGACAUUGAAGUCCAUUAAUCAUUCCCCCGUGUCUCUUAUUUAAGGAUUUUUUCCUCCCACCACUAGGUCUGCGUGCUGUUUGCUCCAUUUGGUAUAUGACAUUUGGAUGAUCAUCUUCAUCAAUUGAUAGACUCCUACCUUCAGGAGCACUGUCUCCCUCCCCACAUUAGUCAGUUUAAAGCCCUCCUGAUGAGGUUUCUGAGAUUUUUGGCAAAAACAUUUCUCCCAACCGUUGUGAGGUGCAGCCCAUCGCUUGCCAGAAGUCCAUCUUCAAGAAACUGCAGUCCGUGAUCUAAGAAUCCAAACCGUUCCUGUUUACACCAUUUGCGAAGCCAGCUGUUCACUUCCACUAUUUUUCCCUCUCUCCCUGGGCCACGUCGUUCAACUGGGAGGACAGAUGAGAUGACAAUUUGUGCAUUUAAUUGCUUCAAUUUCCUGCCCAGAGCCUCGUAGUCUCUUUUGAUCUUCUGGAGGCUAUGGCUUGCAGUGUCAUUGGUUUCCACAUGAACCAAGAGGAAGGGGUAUUUGUCAGUGGGUUUUAUGAUUCCUUGCAGUCGUUCAGUUACAUCUUGGAUCUUAGCCCCGGGGAGACAGCACACUUCCCGAGACAUCUUGUCAGGCCCACAAAUCACUGCUUCUGUUCCCCUCAGUAGGGAAUCCCCUAUCACCACUACACGCCUCCUCUUAAGUUUGGUCGGGGUUCCUCCGUGAGCUGUCCGCUCCAAGGUCGCCUGCACAUUCCCUGAGGACUGACUUUGCUGCUCGUCUUCAUAUACCUGAUCGACUGUAAUGAGGGAGAGAUCCUCAAAUGGAGUCUGCUCUUCGUCUUCCAUGCUAGGGGAGAGGACCUCAAAGCGAUUGUGUAUUUCUAAACAAUCAGAGCGAACCCUGGGCCUCCUACUUCUUUGAGUCACGUUUCUCCAUAUAUCUGGCUCCUGUGUUGGUGAACUAGCCUCCUUCUCAGGGAGUCCCCUGUCUCCUCCUUGGUGGAGACGGUGUGCUCUGUUGCUUCCAAGAAGAGCUCCAGCUCUCUAAUUCUUUGGAGCGUAGCUACACGUUCCUCCAGUUGCUGGACUUUGUCUUCUAAGAGGGCAAUCAACAUGCAAUUGCUGCAGGUAAAGCUGCCUGCAACCUUUGACAAGAUGGCAAACAUUGCGCAGGAACCGCAGGCGACUGCAGCUGUUCCCUCCCCCUCCAUCUUGAGAACGUGUCGUUCGGGGUGGCUACGGCGGUCCUCCAUCGUAAAAAGCGUGAAGACAGGACAAACAACUCCCCCCCAGAAAAACCUAGGUCUUCCCCAACAAAUGUUUGAGACUAGCUCCCUAAAUCUAAAAGAUGGAUCAAACCCGUUUUGCUCCUUCUUCAGCUGUUGCCCUGCAAGCUCUGAUAAGCUCCUCCCACUGCUAAUCACCUGCCUCAACAGAAACCCUGCCCCCUCUGACCUUUGCACAGGGAGAGCAGCUAAUCAGCCACCAACCACUUCUGUGAGUAGGCUCAGCGGCGUAGCAUGGGUUGCCAGCACCCAGGGCAAGGCAUCCCCUAACUUGUGGACUAUGACACUCUGACUCCCUUCCCCCAUCCAGAAUUGAACCCCUUACCCCAAAAGUACAUGCAUUGUAUUUUGAGAAAAUAUUGCUGUAAUUAAAGUAAAAUGUCCUUCUACAAAGCCCCAUGUCACUUGCUGCCCUUCAUCUGCCCUGUUCCAGUAACUGCUAUUUGGGAAGGGUGGGGGUUGGCAUAGCAUUGCUCCACUGAACUCCUGAAGAAUCACUUUGGGCAUAGAUGUAUUUGUAGACAAUGUGGUAAAUAGAUAAGUAGGCUAACUGUGCUUCCAGACAGUUGCUAUUUUCAGGUAGGAUUCAAGCACAUACAGUGGUACCUCAAGUUAAGUACUUAAUUCAUUCCGGAGGUCCAUACUUAACCUGAAACUGUUCUUAACCUGAAGCACCACUUUAGCUAAUGGGGCCUCCUGCUGCCGCCGCGCCACCGGAGCACAAUUUCUGUUCUCAUCCUGAAACAAAGUUCUUAACCUGAAGCACUAUUUCUGGGUUAGUGGAGUCUGUAACCUGAAGCCUAUGUAACCUGAAGCGUAUGUAACCUGAGGUACCACUGUACUAGUAAAUUUAGGUUGUGCCAUUAUAGUUGACUAGGAUGUCUUGCACAACAAGCCCACUUCCCCCAAAGAUCAGACUUUUUGCAACAAGGUACAUGCAGGAAAAUGCACUGGAAAGUGUGGGAUAGCACUACCUUUGAUUUGUCACCUCCCUGAAGACAAAUCGGAAUGAAGGUUCCUUAAACAGCCAAUGUCUUUUAAUCUCCCUGCAAACAAAUUAAGAUGGAUGCUCAAUAAACAGGCUGCCUGAAGGCACCAUAUGACUAAAUAUUAGUCUGUGUAAAUUACAGGUCUUACUCACAGGUAGGCGGGGCUAGGAGUGCAGCAAGUGAGAACUAAUCACUGAGGGCACCACUCUCCCCACAGACACAUUGUGGGUCAAGUGGGAAAGACCCACCCAAAUUGCCUCAUCUGUGCUACCGUUGUCCCCUCCCAUCUGUCAGUGUUGUCCCCACCUCUCCGCGGCUGUUCUGCCUCCGAUGCAGUCAGGCUCCUUCAUGGGCUCCACUCGCCUUCCAGGCUGCGUCCAUCUGGCGGUGCAGAGGCAUGAAAACAGAAGAGAAGGCUGCAUGCUGUGCCUGCCUUCCAUCCUUCUUAUUUAUACCCUGCUUUUUCUCAGCCUGCGCCUUUUCCUACUGGAAGGCUGUGGGGCAACUGGAGCCGAGCAGGGUGCAAGGAGGUUCCAGGAGGGUCAACAACGUCUCUUCCUCCUUCUUGGGGCUUGGGGGCUCUUUGCAAUGGGAAAAGCACUGGGCGCAGAGCUGACAGGGGGAUGCAAGAAUGCAACAGGCAUGUAUCCAAAGCACACAUGUUCCUGUUGCAUCCUCACACUGCCCUGCCAGCCCUGCGCCGCUUUGCGAGGCUGGGAUGUGGGAUCGCAGUGUGGUUGAAUAUCUUAGUGGGUAAACUAGCUAGACCCCAUAAACUUGAUAUUUAUCCCCUGCAACUCUCCUGAAAGCUAGAUAUUAUAAUGCUUAUUAGAGCUGGAUCAUUUGCCUUUCAUGGCAACUCUGAACAUAUUUUUAAAAGUUAGUCACUAGCUCAGAGUACAAACUUUACAGAGAUCAUCUUUAAAAGAGGUUACAAGAUGAUCUUGUUACAGGAUGAUCAGAACAUGCUUUGUUUUAUUUAUUGGCUUGGUAUGUAAUAAAUCAUGAAUUCAUGAUUGCUGCUGCUUUCAUCAUAGGGCUGAACUAGGUGAGAAGACUGAAGCCACAUUUAUUGUUCUUGUAUCUGCCCUGUUCAUAUAUCAAGUAUAGGGUUGGGUAGGGUCUGAUUUCUACAUCAAAAGGUGCAUAUGAGGAAGGAAAGCUAAAUAUACCCGUGCCUUCUUGUGUUUGGGCACUUUUCUUUACCUGGGUUCCAGUCCUGGAAGUGAAUGAGAUAAGAUUUAAGUAAGGGGCAGAAGGUGGCAGCCCUCUUUAGGGAAGCUUUUAAUGUUUAACAGACUACUGUAUUUUAAUACUUUGUUGGAAGCCGCCCAGAGUGGCUGGGGAAACCCAGCCAGAUGGGCAGGGUAUAAAUAAUAUAUUAUUAUUAUUACAUAUUCUCUUGUAACUUGUUAAAAUUGUAAACAGAGUCUUUGGGUCAGGGCUGGAAAUUCCAGUGUCCACCUGCAUCAAUCCUUGUACUGCCAUGGCUGUCCAAAUGCCAACUUGGCACAAUCCAUUCCUACCCUCCUAAGAGCCAUAUUCUGAAAUUGAUUGGCAACAGUUGUGGGUUUGUUCAAUUUUCCUCUAAAUCGCUUCAAGAACUUUCCAGCUAUAUACAUGUAUGAAAUAAGUACAACCAACUGGACUGUUCGUAUGAAUGUAGUGCUCUACCUGUGCCAUCCUCGCAAUCAUAUAGGGAUGCCAAGGGCCAUGAGAACUGUCCCUGCAAAAAGCAGUGCUUUGGAAAACUCAUAUCUGGAACUGUUCUGCUGUGGGCUGUGUUGGUGAACUGGGCUUUGGGAUUCUCCAGUUAAAAACAGGCUGAGAAUAGAUCAACUUCUGUCAGAAAAUUCCAAUCGAGUGCAACAUGUUAUAUGACAGAUCACAGGAAUACUUCUAUUUUCAUUAGCAUGACACUUUUUGGCAGUUCACUGGAAGUCUUACUCUUCCUGUGCCUCAGGCGUAGCUGCUAAAUUUUUCUAGUACUGAAAAACAAUUGUGGGGGUUCUGGAAAUUAGCAGUCCUCAUUUGGUCCAAAUCCAAAGGAGAAUAAAUUCUGUAAAUUAUAACUUGACUCUAACAGCUAUGGGAACACACACUGAAAAUACCUUUUUCCACUACUUUGGUCUUGCUUACUAAAAGAUCAACGUUAACUAUAUCUUUUAAGUUGUUUUUCUAAGAGCUCUUAGAGACAGACAAGUUAAAAACAUUACACAAAAGCUAGGUAUAAUAUAUACUCUCUAUGUUACAGGUUUCUAGAUACAACAUACCAAACAGAUUAUGUUCCACCAUAUGACUAUGAACCAUAUGUAAGUAUAAGAGCAGAAUGGUUGUUUUCUACCAUGCUUUACAUCAAGGCCUUCAUGUGUAGAACAGUAGCCAUUCAGAGGUUGUUUCAAACAGGCUCUACCAGGUAAAUGAAAUAUGUAGAUUCACCCCAAGAUAGUCAAUUUUAUAUAUAUUACAUAGCAAUGAAAUUGGAUAGCAGCCCAGUUUGCACAUAACAUUAAGCCAUACCAUGGGUAUGUGUGAAUGAGAAAGCAUGUGGGAACUCCCAGCAACAGUUUGAGGCCCUUGCUCCUCCCUGAUCAUGCUGCUGCCACACUACCUAGUGCUGAGUAAUUGUUGGCCUUAACCUAAUGUCCAGACUCAGGCCGGUGGCAGAGGUGGGGGGACAGGGGAGGCACCCAUUGCCCAAAGUGGUUUCUUCACCCCACCUUAUGGGCCAACCCCACUGUACACACCCUGUGCUGUCCCCAAAUCUGCUCUAGAGGGUUAGGGACAAAGUUGGGUGGAGGAAGAAGAUUCUGUCAUGCAAGGAAAAAUCCUUGCGUUGAUAGAAUGAUAACCUUGGCUCUACCUUGAACACAACCCAUAAUCUUUAACUGGAUUGCAAACCUGUUGUAUUAUUUGUUGGCCUCUAGGAGCAGUGAGAAAUGUUAACUUUACCACUUAAAUUGCAUUGAUUAAUUGUGUGUGUAUGGAAUACAGAGUUAAGCCAGUAAAUGAGAAAGGAAAGUGUGUGGAUGAAUCAUGGCUUGCUCUGGAUCCCUUCCUUUAUGCGCCAGGGAUUUUAGCAGAAUGGGAAUCAUGGCCAGAUAUUUUUGUAACCAUGGCAACUCAUAGAGGAAAGUGUUUGUCAGUACACAUUUCACCUGUGAUCAUGAUGAACACUCUCUGUCUCUCUCCCUCUCCCCGCCCUUCUGUCUCUCUCAUAUGCACUUGUCACGGUGUCCCAUCAGACACCACUGGAAGUGGUUGAGUCAUUCUGGCCACAUGACCCAGAAAGCUGUCUGUGGACAAACACCAGCUUCCUCAGCCUGAAAAGCGAGAUGAGUGCCGCAACCCCAUAGUUGCCUUUUACUGGACUUAACCGUCCAGGGGUCCUUUUGUUGUUGUUUAGUCGUUAGUUGUGUCCGACUCUUUGUGACCCCAUGGACCAGAGCACGCCAGGCAUUCCUGUCUUCAGGGGUCCUUUACCUUUUACCUUUUUUUACCAUAUGCACAUCCUUUGGACAUUUUGAUCUCAUUAAGCAUACCAGCGCAAGGUUCUGCUUCAAUGUGUAAAAUGCAUUUGCCAUCAUUAGCAUCCUUGGCUCCUCAAGCUCCUUCUAAGCAUGCCUAGGCACCCUCUAUGUCUCCUCAAUCUCUGCUACUAUCACAUGGUUUCUUGACUAUUUAAUUUAAAAUAUUCCUUACUUAUGCGUCAUACAAAGAUUCCAGGAGAGUGUACUUAAGCACAAAUAAAAACUAAUUAACAUAAUUUUAAAAAUGCAGCAAAAUAUAACAAGACAAAAUCAAAUAGAAACCCCAACAAAGCCAUCUACAAUUUUAAAAGGCUAAAAUACCUGGGCAAGUAGGAAUGGCCCCACUAGUCAACAAAACCAGGUGUGUCUCCUUGGCAAACACAUUAAAAUGUUGACACAUCAAUACAAAAAGACAUCUGCUUUAUAUAACAUAAUCCACUAAAGAGGGUAACUGGAGCAAUACUGGAACAAAUCUUAAGACGUAGGCAUCCUCAUAUGGCAAGAGGCCAUUAUUCAGGUAUUUGGACUCCAAGCCAUUUAGGACUUUAAAGUAAGGACCAGCACCUUAAAUUAGGGUUAGAAGCAAAUAAGCAGUAGAUAUUUUAAAAUAAGUGAAAUAUGAACAACCUCAGCUAUACCUGCCAACACUCUUGCAGCCAGAUUUUUCAUGAAUGGAAGCUUCUGGGGAUGUCUUUAAGGGCAUCCCCCUGUAUAAUACAUUAGUGAUCAAACAGAGAGGUUCCCAGAACACAGAUCACCAAAGCAGGACUCCUUAUUCAGGAACAGUUGCAGUUGCAAACCAGCCAAAGUUGGUAAAAUACACCCUGGGCCACUGAGGAUCCAAUGCUGGGAUCAGGGAAUAUCUUCAAACUGUGUCUCUACCCUUUCAGGAAGAAUGAAAUCUCACCCAGAUCAGGACAAACACCAAUUUUCUGAACCUGAAAACUACCCACUCUCAGUGCCUCCAUCUUGUUGAAAUUCAUGCUGCCAGUUACUGAGUCCAGACACCAAUUCGGCUCUUGCAUGCCUCACCUGAACACCUGACUCAGAUGAAAAAGAGUUGAGUCUCAUUGGCCUACUGAUGGCCCCUCGCUACAGAUGUUGAAUGACUUCACCUGUGGAGCUUUGCAGGAACUCCGUGAAUUCCCUGCCGUCUUUGCUCUUAAGGCCUGGAUGGUGGAAGAGGAAGCAUUGUGGAUCAAGGCACAGCUCAGACAAGGCAUUCAUGAGCUGAGGCACUACAGUCUGCUUUGGGACUUUUGUAGGUUCUUCCAGGUUCUCAGUUGUACUGGGGGGGGGGCCUCUACAAUUUCCUUUCAUCAGAUUAGGUUCCCCAUUGUCAGGCCACAUCUUGACAAAACCUCACCAAGAAAUAGUCUGUUCAAGACAUUGGACUGACAGAGAAGCUCCUGAUUUCCAGGCUCUCCACUUUCUGUGGCGUCAAAUAUACAAGAUCCAAAGUGUAUCCUGCAGAACGUCAUGCUGACAAUGUAUUAAGAAACCAUAGUGGUCAUGGUGGGCAUUAAGUCCCACCGUGGUCCCUCCAAGAUGGACACAGUGUGAAAAUUGAAACCCUCCAGAACAAGCAUCCUGGAUUAUUUCCCCUUCCCUUCUGGUCCUUCCCCUUUGUUCCUCUUCCUUCAGCUACUCUGUCUCCUGAGUCUCCUGACAAUUAGAUCCCUUGCUUCCUUAGUCCUAAUGUAUCCUGCAGGGAAUAAUAAUUUUUCAAAGUAGUUUUUGCAGUUACAUCAAAAAUUACUGAUUUGGUUAUACUACUAGAAAUACAUUGACAGAUAAUUAUGAAAUUGUGAGGUUUAAUAAGUUAACUGUCUAUAUUUGGACAACUUUUCUGCUGUACUUUAUUGGAAGGAGAAUAAUAAUCAUUUCCUUAAUAACAAUUCAAACAAUUUAUUUAACUAAAACAAUAACAUUAUAGCAUAUGUAUCCAUGUUUGUUAACUGAUGUGGUUAAACAAUUAAAAAAAAAAACAACCCACAACCUUAGACUGAGUUUUAGCACACAUGAAAAACUUAAAUCCUUAUUUCCUGAUGAAUAGCCUUUGGACUAUAAUGUAACUUAGAUAGAAAACUAUCUUUAGAAAGAUUUUCCCUCCAAAAGCAUUUCAUUUUAAAAAUCCAAUUUAAAUAAAAAUAACUGAUUUUUUUAAAAAUCUGUUUUUUAAACAUUUUUUUUGAAAAUCAUUGAUUUUUAUCCACCCUGAUGCUACCACAUCAUAUAAACUGAGCUAUAAUGGUAGGAGGGAAAUAGCAGAGCUGUUAUGUUUCUAUUAGCUAGUUAUCUUUUUUAAAAAAGGUUUUUUUUCUUUUGAAACAGCAAACAUAACUGUAAUGUGUAUGGGUUGCUCGUGCGUAAGUUGCCGCCUCUCCAGGCUUUGUUGCCUUGCUAAACUUUUCAGUCUGGGCAGCCCUUCACUUCGUGGCUGCCUCAGUCGCUAGCAGAAUCCGUCAGUGGGCGUUUCUUAAAUCUUUUCCAACAUAAAAGUUGUUUGACACCCAGUCUCCUCCUACUCUCUCUGCACGGAAGUCUUCUGCGCAGGGUGGGCGUGGGUAGCGGGGGACCCGUGCUCUCCCCGCUGGUGUCCGGUGAAGAGUCCUGGAGCCCUCUCGCCGAUUCCCCAUCAGCCCCUCUUUAUCCCUGGUGUUGCGCUGAUUUGCUUCCCCAUCUGCGGAGCUGCCUCUCUCCCUGCUGGGCCCUUCUCCAGCAUCAUUUGAGAGCCUUCCCUCCGCCUCUGGUUCCGAUGUCAGUUCCCUGACAAUAACCAAUGGUUUUUAUUGUUGUUUUUAAAACUACCCAUCAAACAAGAAAUUGGUUGGUAUUUACAUUUCUUGUCUAUAGACUUGGUGGGUUUUUGCUUGAAUUCUGGUUUUACAUUUAUUUAUUGAAGCUUCCUUCAAGCUCUAGGCAAUGACAACAAUGUUAAAUACUAUUAAUUUCAGAAAGCCCUCCUCUAAUUUCAUGAUCCAACAAACAUCAGCAUCACUUGUGGGGAAUAAGGGGGAUAAAUCCCCCCCCCAACAAACAGCUCAUCUCCAUCUACUCUCCUUUUUCUAGAUCCCUGUAGUACACAUAAAGGAAAGAUAGCUUUCACGUACAAAUUAUCUAGCUGAAUAACAAACUGAACAUUUAAAAUAAGACUGCAAUCCUAAGCAUGCUUACUUGAAAAUUAGCAUAAUCAAAAUCAAGAGGAUUUACUUUAAAUAAAAUAUGUUUAGGAUGAGAAGGAUAAAGUGAAAUACUUUUCUGUCUGAAAAUUACCAUGGGAUAUAGCUUACCCCCAAUCCCAGAAAUUCACUCCUCUCCUUCUUUGCUCUUGGUUUUUUAAAAAUUAUUUUCUGUUGCUGUCACCGGGAAUAAAGCUUUAAAAACUGUUUGCUUUGUUGCCCUAGCACAGGCUUCUUCAACCUCGGCCCUCCAGAUGUUUUUGGCCUACAACUCCCAUGAUCCCUAGCUAGCAGGACCAGUGGUCAGGGAUGCUGGGAAUUGUAGUCUCAAAACAUCUGUAGGGCCGAGGGUGAGGAAGCCUGCGCUAGCACUGAUUUUCAGUCUAUUUUAUCUGCUGUGAAAAUGGUAGCUAUUCUAAACCAAGACUGUUUAACCAGGGGAGCUAAUGGCACAAGGUUUUCUUUGGGGGCAACAAGGGCUGUAGCUUAGGGGUGGAGUAUCUGCUUCCCAUGUAGAAGUUCCAGGUUCAAUCCCUGACAUCUCCCGGUAGGGCUGGUCAUGUCGCCAGUUGAAACUCUGAAAAGCCCCCACCAGUUAACAUAGGCAAUACUGAGCCAGAUGGACCAAUGGUCGGAUUCAGUAUAAAGCAGCUUCUUGGGUUUUCUAGGUUGUGGCAGAGUUUUGCUUGAUGUGCAAACACAACCAUUGCCUCUCUUAUCAUCAAAAAUGGUUUACAAAUUUGCCUUCUGAUUAAUAACAUGCCCUUGAAUGUAUUUUCUUUAGAUUGAGCUUCAGCCAGAUGGCUACUCUGUAGUUCACAGAAAAUGUCAUUCUCAGUUUACUGACACGGCUGAUUACAGAAGACAUGGGAUCAACACAUGGCAAGAUGAGAGUGGGUUGUAUGGUAAUGCAGAUCUAAGGCAAAAAGUAUUUCCUGUAACUAGCCCUAUACGGACAAAUGUGAAUGAAGAUAAUUCUUAAGCACUAGCAACUCUGCAAAAGUAAAGUCUAUCUUUGUAUCUGAUUAUUGUAGAAUCAUACUGCAAAAUAAAUAACAUUGCAACUUUUAGAAUAGUUGGUUAUAGAAUAAAUCCAUAUACGGUACUUAUAUAAUGGAUGUACCAAAUUGGGAUCCUGUUGUUAACCUGUUCAAAAAAACAAAAUAAAAACCCAGAUUACUGAAAUUCUCUGUGAUGGAUUAAGCCAACAGAUGUCAAGUUAGAGGAAUUCUGUAAAUUAUUGUGCUUUGCUUAGGAAGGAACUGCAUGUUACAUUAGUUUGGGCUGCUGUCAAAAAUAGCAAGUACAUUUUAAAUUCUCUUAUAGCUUUCUGCUUAUCCUUCCCACAUCCUGCAACAUGGUCUGCCAUUGACAAGGGGUCACUUAGUAUGAAUAUAUAGUGCUGUGAUGAUAAGAUUUGGUUAGUCAUCCUUUUAUACACACUGGGGUGGGGAGUUAAUAUGCAUUUGCCAUAUUUAGUGACCACCACCUAAAACAGUUGGCCUGCUUGCAGGGUCAUCUAGAUCCUAUCACUAUGUUGGAAGCUGCCCAGAGUGGCUGAGGCAACCCAGUCAGAUGGGCAAAGUACAAAUAAUAAAAAUGGUUGUUGUUGUGUACUUGAAUGCCCUGAUUUUUUUACCAC